UGGCGCGCUAUCUCAAAGCUGUGAUUCAGGACAACUUUUCCUGUCGGGUUACCGGUGUAAUAUAUUUCUUUAUUUAUUGAACUGUUAUUAUUCACCUCGUCUUUGAAUCAUUAUGGAUUGUGUGGAUUUUCCCAGAGUUCUGCCAAACUCCCCGAGGAAAGCACGGGGACAAAUCCAGGUCAUCUUUGGACCGAUGUUUUCAGGCAAAAGCACUGAACUCAUGCGCAGAGUGCGCCGGUUCCAGAUCGCCCAGUACAACUGCCUGGUGAUCAAGUACGCCAGAGACACGCGCUACUCCGGCACGGGCAUGGCCACACAUGACAAAAGCACAAUGGAAGCUGUACCAGCGAAUUGUCUGCGAGAAAUUCGGCCUUUGGCAUUAGAAGCCUGUGUCAUUGGCAUUGAUGAAGGGCAGUUUUUUCCAGACACAGUGCAGUUUUGUGAAGAGAUGGCAAAUUUAGGGAAGACUGUCAUUGUUGCCGCUUUGGAUGGAACCUUUCAGAGAAAACCGUUUGGAAACAUCCUGAACCUCAUCCCUCUAGCGGAGAGCGUCGUGAAGCUCCACGCCGUCUGCAUGCAGUGCUACAAAGAAGCCGCCUACACUAAGAGGAUAGGAGCCGAGCAGGAGGUGGAAGUAAUUGGAGGAGCUGAAAAGUAUCAGGCGGUGUGUAGAACGUGUUACGGAGGUCUGGUGGUGGACAAAGAGAACCGGUCUCCUUUCAGGAAAGAAACCCCACAACAUGUCCUCUCUGGCAAACUAGUGGACUCUGCGAUUCCAAGGAAGCUUUUCUCUUCACUCAAUCUCUAGUGUGUAUUUUUUAAUAUGGUUUGAAAUAUUUAUGAUUUCCUUUUUUUAAAAUUGACUAGGCACUUAAAGGACCUUGAAAAUGAGGGACCAGUUUAGGUUUCACUGCAGUUGCUUGGAUUUCUCAACAUCUUUAACUGUAACCGAAUGCUGACCAAUCUAAAGGUUUUUAACAUUAUCCCAUGUAUAACAAGUUUUCUGUUUGUUAUAAAGAAAACAUUAAAUGUUUUAUCAUAUUUAUCAGUAGUUUUAGGUUAAAUUAGAUUUUUUGUCUCCUUUUUUAAAACGUAUUUGUUUUGAACUCUAGGACACAACUGUGAUUUGUAACUAAAUGCCCUCACGUACUACGGGGGACCAAAAUAACCUGUUUAAAUCCGGCCAGGCUCUGAAACUACAGUUAGGUUGGGGAGGAAUAUUUUCAUCCUUAGAACAUAACCGCAGUGCAGAUGCCACAAUAACACCAUGUGAAUAAUAAUUCACAAUAAUUGAUAUCACAGUGAAAAUUGGGCCAAAGAGGCAAACUUAGCUGUUUCUAUACGUCGAGGACGAUAAAUUGUGUGGCCUUUUAUGUACUUACUUGAAAUUAUUUUCAAUAAGUUACGUAACGGACACUUUAACUGCACAUUCACGCGUAGUUGCAUGAUGACAAGCUGCUGUUUGCACUAGCAGAUUUUUAAAUAUCACCUGAAGAGCAGAUUAGAGACCUUCCAGCCUUCACAAGAAGAAAACCCCCACAAGGGAAGCUAUGAUGCACAGCUUAACUUUAAUAUUGAA